AUGAUUCCUCGUAUUUCACCACUGCUGAUACUACUACUGCUACUACUAUCGACACCUGUAUGUGGACGCGACUUUGAACCGUACACAGUCAAUGGCGGGUUGGUCUCGGCCGUGGCUGCCAAGGAUUUUGUAGUGAUUGCGUCGGACACGCGCUUUGUCGGCGAAAGUGGCUACGACAUUGUUUCUCGCGAUUACGUGACCAGUCGUUUGUGGAUGGCCCAACACGACACUGACUUGUUAUUAGGCACAACCACAACGUUGCCAUUUGCUCCCACAAUUAUUGGAUCGGCUGGAUGUGCGGCCGAUUGCGAAGCUUUGAAACGCACCAUUCAAGCCGAGUUUCGUACGGCCCACUAUUUUGGAACUACUUCCAGCAAUAGUGUCGAUCCCACAUUGCUCAGUCAAGUCCUCUACAGUCGACGCACGUUUCCUUUUUAUAGUUUUUGUGUCCUGGCCGGAUUGUCACCGGAAGGGGAAGGACAAGUCUUUUGCUACGACGCCAUUGGAUCGUACGAAUCCGUGGCCGUGGCCAGUGCCGGAACUGGACGACAACUGCUGCAACCCAUUUUGGAUCGCAAAUUUCGAACACUACAAACUAGUAGCGCUACUAGCCAAACAACAACAACGACAGUCCCCACACUAGUGGAUUGUUCCGCACAGGAAGCCGUCUCGAUUCUCGUCGAUGCCUAUCGAUCCGUAUCGGAACGAGAAAUUCAAGUCGGAGACAAUGUCGUCCUUUGUGUAGUCCAGAAAAAAGCAGAUGGAGCAGUCCAAUGUGAGGUCCUCAAAGUGCCUCUCAAGAAACACUAG